UUACACUGUCUGACGUGUAAAUUUUACCUUCAAUCUCUGAAGACGAUUACUUGAAUAUCGAAAUGCAGGUUAUACAGUUUAAUUGUGAGCGUGUGAGUCGGUAUAUCACCAUCGUUUUCAGAAACUAAGCCUACAAUUUUUGAUUAAUGAAUUUAUCCCAUUUAGCUGUUCCACACUGUAUGUAGUACGACUUAUUUUAUUUUUAUAUAAUAAAUUCAGAUAACCGACGUGGCAACGUAGCGACAUAACAGAUUCCAUUAGAACGCAGCGUGGAGGGGUGAAACAACUCUUGUAACUACGAGGGUGGUAAACGACCGAGGAAAACGUGGCAGCGUUCACUGAAUAUUCCGUCUGAAUCAGUCAAUUUUCCACGUUGUAACUCUAAUCAAUAAAUAUAUUUGUUUUAAAAACGAUUUAUUUUCUUCCGUUUAGAUAAUAUGAAAGAAUACUUUGAUAACAGUGACGUAUUGACAGAUGUUGAUAUUUAAACAAAAAUUAAUCGUUCUAAUCAACAAUAAUACGAGGAGAAUUAGAGAUGCGCGCGUUUGCAACUGUUACUAAUAUUUUGAUGUUGGAUUGGAUAUUGCGAAAGCUAAAAUGAAAACAAUUGAAACGACGUAUAUACUAAAAUGACAGUUACCUUGUCAAAUAACUGAAAUAAGAUUAAAUGUGUCAAAUGUUAUAAAUUUGGGAUUGGGAAGGGAAGUUACAAAGUUUUUAUAUACUUUACGUUAACGCGAAUAUUACGUGUCGGUAGUCGUUUUUUAUUUUAUUUUCUUCUUAAAAUGAACAAUACUAGAAGAAGAAUGCUCGUACAAAAAUACCGCAAUCGACCUCCAUUCGAUUUGAAAAAGAAAGAAGCCAUGAAUAGACAUUUCAGAAAAUCCUUUCAGCACGUGGAGGAAUCUUUUAAAACUAUAAUGAAUCAUUUAGACGCCAUGCAAUCCGAAUGCGCCAUAGAUAUUUUCAUCAAUAAUGAAAAUAAACCGGAUAAGAAUUUAGAACAGCAGUUAAAACCGAAAAAUAUAGCUCCGAAGAUCAUAGAAUCGUUCAGAAAAGCAACCCCGAAAAGAAUACCACUGUAUAGAAAUUCUAAACGAGUUCUAGGGAAUUUAAAAAAACACCAAAUGAAAUCGAAUUUGAAAGAUGACUUGCCGGUUGAAACGUUGUAUAAAAACGAUAAUUUAACUUUGGGAAAAAAUAUCCCGGAUCACAAAAUAAUGAAAAAUCUUUUAGAAGAUUUCAAAGAGUCUAAUAUUUCUACGAGAAUUGAUAAAUCGACCAGUACAACUGGUAUAAUUUGGCCAAUUCCUCAGUGCAACAGAAAUAAGGUCCGUUGUAAUCAAAAAGUGAAAUCGAAUAUACAGAGGAAGUUAAAAAGAAACAUGAAUUCUAAGGAACGUCUUCCGGAUAUGAGAAAAUUGAAAUCGAAUUCUAGAUACGUCAAAAGUUUCGUUGGAUCUAAAUCUUCAGUAUGUCAAAAUUUUAUCGCCGAAGGUAAAAUGAGAAAAAGCAAAGAAAAAAGUUUCGUGAAAACUCAAGUAGAAAAUUUUAAUAAAAUGUCCAAAAAAAACGAUGUAUCUAAUCAACGUAAUUUCGAAAUGAAAAACGGUUGUAAAAAUUACUUAGAAAUGAUGAAUUCCGUGAAAAAUAAACUCCCAAAGAUCCAACCAAAAACCGAAAUAUCAAUUUCAGAAAACUGCGAUUGGUCUAGUACGACAGAAAAACCUCCAGAUCGUCCUCGAGAUAUCAAAUUUCCGCGGGAAACGAAAGAUGCCAUACAAUUAAUGAUACAAGAUUCGAGGAGAUUUUUGAAAACUCCUUUGGCGAAAUAUUUAAAACAUCAAGAUUCCCUCGCUAUACAACCCGCCAUUUCGUUGAAUUAUAUGGGUAUCUAUAAAAUAAAAUCUCAACAUACUAUUUGUAAAAAAGUUGAAUCGAAUCCGGAAUCUACAGGAUGUCAUUCGAAAGAUAAUCGUCUUAAAAUGACUAAAGAUGGUUCGUUUAAGAAUAAGAAGUUUUUAUCACAGAAACCGAAAGCAACAAUAUAAAAUGUGUACUUUCAAAAUAAAUUAUCAGUAUUAAGUAAAAA